AUGCCAGAAGUAGCAGCAGCAGUAUCAACAGUAGAAGAAGCAGCAGACUCAAUGGCAGUAGAAGCAGUAUCAAUAGUAGCAGUAACAUCAAAGGCGGUACCAGUGGGCAGUUUAAAUGAGAGAAUGCACAGUAGAAUUACCAGCAAAAACAUUACCAGUAGUAGCAGUACCCACUGUAGCAGUGCCAGCAAUAAUAGAAGUAUCAGCAGAAGCAAAAGCAGCAGUAGCAGCGAAAGGAGAACAAGCAGAAGGAAAGGCAGCAGUUGCAGCAAAGGCAAUGCCAGUAGUAGCAUUAGCGGCGGGAUCAGUGCCAGCAAAAGCAGUAGUAACAGUAGGAGCAGCAGCAAAUGCAAUAUCAGCAGUAGCAGUACCAGCAAUAGGGGUUCAAUCAGUACUAGUAGUAGCAGACGAAGUACUAGCAGUAGCAGUAGCAGUAGCAGCAGUAUAAGCAGUAGCAGUACAAACAGAAGCAAAAGCAGCAGAAGCAAAGUAUUAGCAGUAGUAGCAGUAUCAACAGUAGCAGUACCAGCAAUAAUAGAAGUAUCAGCAGAAGCAAAAGCAGCAGUAGCAGCAAAAGGAGAACAAGCAGAAGGAGAAGCAGCAGUUGCAGCAAAGGCAAUACCAGUAGUAGCAAUAGCGGCGGGAUCAGUACCAUCAAUAGCAGUAGUAACAGCAGAAGCAGCAGCAAAUGCAAUAUCAGCAAUAGCAGAACCAGCAAUAGGGGUACAAUCAGUACUAGUAGUAGCACACGAAGUACUAGCAGUAGCAGUAGCAGUGAGUAGCAGCAGUAUAAGAAGUAGAAGUACAAAUAGAAGCAAAAGCAGCAGAAGCAAAGUAUUAGCAGUAGUAGCAGUACCAACAGUAGCAGUACCAGCAAUAAUAGAAGAAGUAUCAGCAGAAGCAAAAGCAGCAGUAGCAGCAAAAGGAGAACAAGCAGAAGGAGAAGCAGCAGUUGCAGCAAAGGCAAUACCAGUAGUAGCAUUAGCGGUAGUAGCAGUACCAACAGUAGCAGUACCAGCAAUAAUAGAAGAAGUAUCAGCAGAAGCAAAAGCAGCAAAAGGAGAACAAGCAGAAGGAGAAGCAGCAGUUGCAGCAAAGGCAAUACCAGUAGUAGCAUUAGCGGUGGGAUCAGUACCAGCAAUAGCAGUAGUAACAACAGAAGCAGCAGCAAAUGCAAUAUCAGCAAUAGCAGUACCAGCAAUAGGGGUACAAUCAGUACUAGUAGUAGCAGACGAAGUACUAGCAGUAGCAGUAGCAGUGAGUAGCAGCAGUAUAAGAAGUAGAAGUACAAAUAGAAGCAAAAGCAGCAGAAGCAUACCAGCAGAAGCAGAACCUAUAAAAGCAGUAGAAACAGUAGCAGCAGAAGCAGUACUAGUAGCAGCACAAGCAUUACCACUACCAGCGGCAGCAUGGAGCUUAGAAACGGUACCAACAGUAGCAGUGAGAUUUAGCAGCAGAAGCUGUACCAGAGGUUGUAAUAGAAGCUUACGAAUUGCAACACAAACAUUAGCAGUAGAAGUAGUACCAGUUGUAUCAUCGAGAAGUAGCUUAACAGUACCAGCAAUAAUAGAAGUAUCAGCAGAAGCAAAAGCAGCAGUAGCAGCAAAAGGAGAACAAGCAGAAGGCGAAGCAGCAGUUGCAGCAAAGGCAAUACCAGUAAUAGUAUUAGCGGCGGGAUCGGUACCAGCAAUAGCAGUAGUAACAGCAGAAGCAGCAGCAAAUGCAAUAUCAGCAAUAGCAGUACCAGCAAUAGGGGUACAAUCAGUACUAGUAGUAGCAGACGAAGUACUAGCAGUAGCAGUAGCAGUGAGUAGCAGCAGUAAUAAGAAGUAG